AUUUCGAUAUAUCUGUCAGCGUGACAAGUCGCGGACAUGUUAUUCGCAGGCAUCUUUAUUUUGCUUACAAUUCUCUGCUUCUCUCUUUAUGUUCUACGAUCAUAUUCCAAGUCUUUGGCAAAUUUUAGCCACCUACCAUGCAUGAAGAGUUGGCAUAUAAUCGGUGACAUACCGAAGCUGCUGGGAAAUAACCGAGACUUUUACAACAGUAUGACGAAAUAUACAACUGAAUAUCGCGAGCCUGGUUUAUUGUGCUUCUGGGUUGGUAUCCAACCAAUUGUUGUAGCUUUUAAAGAUGAAUAUGUACAGGAUGUUAUCGGCAACACGAAACACAUUGAAAAAAAUAUGUUCUAUAAAUUCUUAUAUCCCUGGUUGGGAAAUGGUCUGCUAACUAGCGGAGGAUCAAAAUGGUUCAAAUCGAGGAAAAUGUUAACACCAUCCUUCCAUUAUAAUAUCUUAAACAGUUUCCUAAUUGUUAUGCAGAACCAAUCAAAUAUACUGUGUGAGAAACUAGACAAAAUGGUUGGUAAGGGCGAGUUCAAUAUCCGCCCUUAUAUUACAAACUGCACAUUGGAUAUUAUAACAGAAACUGCCAUGGGUCAAUGUGUGAAUGCACAAGAUGACCAAAAUUCAGAAUACAUUCAAAGUGUUAACAGAAUAUCUGACAUCAUUAUUUACCAAUCAAAAUCUCCAUGGUUGUGGCCAACUUUUCUCUUCAAUUUGCAUCCUUUGGGAAGAGAAGCAGCCAAAUGUUUAAAAUAUCUUCACGGUUUCACCGAUAAGAUGAUUGAAGAGCGCAAAACACUUUAUUUAGAAGGCCUUCAGAAAAACUCCGACAAUAAAGAUGAAGAGACGCUCGGAAAGAAAAAAAUGGCUUUCUUAGAUACUCUCCUUGAUAAAUUGCACGAAGGAGAAAUAGACAAAAAAGAUCUGAGAGAAGAAGUGGACACAUUUAUGUUCGAAGGUCAUGAUACAACGGCUGCAGGAAUUAACUGGACAUUAUACUUCAUAGCUGCUUAUCCAGAUGUACAAAAAAAGUUACAGAAAGAAGUUGAUGAUUUUUAUGAGCGUUUUGAACAAAUAAUGAAAAUCUUUGAAGAAUUUCGAGAAAACGGCGUACUUUGUUUCUGGUUUGGUAUCCGACCUACUCUUUAUGUUUUCAAAGAUAAAUAUGUACAAGAUGUAAUUGGCAACACAAAACACAUAGAAAAAAGCUUUUUCUAUAAAUUUGCACACGCAUGGUUAGGAAAUGGUUUGCUGACUAGUACAGGAUCCAGAUGGUUCAAAUCGAGGAAGAUGUUGACACCAUCCUUCCAUUAUAACAUUUUGAACAAUUUCCUUGCUGUAAUGCUAAACCAAUCAAACAUACUGUGUAACAAUCUGGACAAAAUGGUUGGUAAAGGAGAAUUCAAUAUUCGCUCACAUAUUGCAAAUUGUACGCUGGAUAUUAUAACAGUAUUCAAAGAAAUUCAGAGGGACUUCCCGUAUGACGUCGGAAGGCCAAACGUCCGCGUCACCGAGAAACUUUUAGCCGAUUUCUUAGAGGAACCAGAUCCGGAGCCCGGGUUACAAGGCUGCCAAAACUCCAGGAGGAGGUUGGCGCUUGUCGUCGAUAAGUUGGUUGAUAACGCACAGGCAUGCACUGUCUCAUACAGAACUAUCCACGACAGCUUCCACCUCACUCGCUAUAUCAUAGAGAAGGUGGGUAAGGAACCUGGCAUGGGUGGGGCCCUAAUCAAUUUGGAUCAGUCGAAAGAUUUUGAUAGAGUCGACCAUCAAUACUUGGAGACUGUUCUCUCGACAGCGGGUUUCGGUCACGUUUUCAGAGGCUGGAUCGCUGCAAUGUGCAGCAAUAUCUGUUCGGUGGCCAAAGUAAAUGGCCACCUGUCGGAAUCGCUUAGCAUUGCUCGUUCAGUCCAUCAAGGAUGCUUAUUCUUGCCUCUUCUGUGCAUACUGGUUCUCGAGCCAUUGUUGCGGAAGCUGGAUGUUUUGAGGGGCAUACCACGUGAUCUAGGAUGCGGAAGUUUCAUGUCGGCUUACGCAAACGACGUCACCGUAAUAGUGUCGGACAUCUCGGAAAUCGAGGUGGUCGGCACUGCUCUAAGGGAGUACGAAGCGGUGACAGGAGCAAAGAUCAACCAGGAGAAGUCGGCGGGCCUGAAUCUCGGUACCUGGAGCUUAAAACUUGAAUUGUUGGAAUUAUUUUCUCCAGGUCCGUAUGAAGUAAAGAAAGGUACAUCUGUGUCAAUAAUGAUUUCUGCUCUGCAUAGAGAUCCAGAAAACUUCCCUGACCCGGAUAGAUUUGAUCCUGAUAGAUUUCUUACAGAAGAUAGGAACAUCCAUCCAUAUGCUUUUAUACCAUUCUCAGCAGGACCUCGUAACUGUAUAGGACAAAGAUUUGCCAUGAUAGAAGAGAAAGUCGUGUUAUCACGAAUCAUCCAGAGAUUUAUUCUUGAAACAACACAAAAAAGAGAAGAACUUGAACCAUCUUUGGAAUUGGUACUCAGACCUCUUAAUGGUAUUCGCCUCAAGUUCACUCAUCGAUAAUUGUUGUAAUUACGUGUAAUUGUUGUAAUUAUGUUCAUUUCUAGAACAUUUUGAGAUGUAAUUUUUAUCUAAAACUAUUUGUUUAAUAUUAUUCACAAAUGAUCAAUAAAAAAAAUGUAGAAGGUUAUUCACGUUGAGGUAGGUAUACAUAUCUGCUUGAAACGUUUGUGAGUGUAUAUAUAUAUAUACACAUAUACUAAUAUACAAUAUUCAAAAAGUUAGUUAAUAAAAUAUUUUAUCAUAUUA